GCUAAGUGUCAAUGGCAGGAAGUGGUUCACCUUACUGUGUGAACAAUGAAUGGUGCCACGUUUAUCUUAUCAAAAGUAAUAUUAACGGUAUCGGGUUUAAGAUUGGUGACAAAUAGUUUUUUCCUGUUAUGAUGUUGUUAGUUAUGCCUACAAGAACCAACAGGAGACUGUAGGAGCCUGUAGGAGCUACAGGAGCCAACAGGGACCUCCAGGAAACUCCAGAAACCUACAAGAACCUACAUUAGCCGAUUGGAACCUGUAGGACCACAGGAACCUACAGGACUCUAUAGAAACCUACAGGCGCCCACAGUAACUUGCAGAGUGGCCAUUCACGGAACUUUAUAUUGGUUAUAUAUAGGGAGAUAGAGCAAAGGCAAAUAAGGGUAAAAGUGGAGGAGACAUUUAGCACCAGAAAUGACUUAUGAAAUUACAGGAAUCUGCAGAACUCUACAGGAACCCCCAGGAGCCAACAGGAAUCUAAAGGAGCCUAAGUCAUAACAUAAAAUAGUGGUACAUUAUGAAGGAUGACUCACCACCCUGAGUCAAGUGAUGAAGGUGUAGACCCAAAAGUGCCUCAGCAGGAGAAUUCUUUAAGCCAUGCUGUUAACACUGAUGUUGGUGAUGAGGCACUGGAAGACAACAGUGGGGAUGAGAUGGUUCCUCUCAUUCCUAGGACAGUGCCAGCAUAUAGAGCUGGUGUGGUGUACGGCUGCUUCCUGCUCUUAGGCUUGGGUACUCUCCUGCCAUGGAACUUCUUCAUUACUGCACAGACGUACUGGGAUUACAAGUUCCGGAACACAUCAGCCACCAACGAGACAAUGCCAGAGCCUACAGAAUUACAAAUAUUAUACACUCCCAUGCAGGUGUGCUUCUCUCAGAUACCCAAUUUUUUUUUCCUGUUCAUCAAUGCUCUCUUCAGUCACAAGAUCCCACAGCGUCUGAGACUCCUUGUGUCUCUAACUCUGAUGAUCAUAUUCUUCUCCCUCACCACAAUGCUCACCCAGAUCAACACAGAUGAGUGGCAAGUGGGCUUCUUUAUAUUAACUAUCAUCAUCAUCAUUCUUAUCAAUGGUUCUGGUGCAAUCUUCCAAGGAGGUUUAUUUGGUGUAGCUGGAAUGUUUCCAGAGAAGUACAUGACUGCUGUAGUGUCUGGACAAGCUCUUGGAGGAGUGUUUGCCUCAGGUGCUCGUAUUAUCUCCCUCUCAGUAGGAGCAAAGGAUGAAACUGCUGCUUUCAUUUACUUUAUGAUUGCUGUGGGAGUAAUGAUUCUAACCUUAGCUGCCUACCUCUAUAUGUCAAAAACAGAGUUCUACAAACACUACAGUAAUUGCCAAGCACCUGAAAAGGACAAGGAUGAAUCCCCAGCUACCAACAGGACAUUAGGUGAACAAGCAAAGAUCUUCAAGGAGAUAUGGCCUGUGGGAGUUUCUGUGUGUGGAGUUUUUGCAGUAACCCUUGGAGCUUUUCCUGCUCUCUGUGUUAAAAUCAUUUCAAUGUCAGAAGAUGAAAUGUGGGCAAGUGUGUAUUUCCAGCCAGUUGUUACCUUCUUGUUGUUCAAUGUAGGAGACUAUUUGGGUCGCCAAGUUGCUGGAUUCAUAAUGUGGCCUCGACGUGGAUCAAAGAUUCUGUAUUUCCUGGUUUUACUGCGCAUUGUAUUCAUUCCUCUGUUCCUGCUGUGCAACCACAACCCAAAGUCCCCCAUCCCUUCAUUAUUUGCCCAUGAUGCCUGGUAUGUGGUUUUCAUGCUCCUGUUCUCCCUCUCCAAUGGUUAUUGCUCAUCGCUCUGUAUGAUGUACGGCCCAAAGAUGGUGUCUGAGGACAAGGCUGAGGUGGCCAGCAGCAUGAUGGCUGCCAUGCUGGGCUUAGGGCUACUGACUGGAGGUCUGUCAUCAUUUGCCUUUGCCCUCAUAGGCUAGAAGAUGCUAAACUGAUGGAUGAGGUAGACCAAAGCUUUACAGUCAAAUCUUUGCUAGUUUUAAAUAAUCUGGUAAAGGAGUCGCUGUAGAGUUGAUCUGCUGGAAAACAAAUAAUUUGAUUGGACAUCUUCACCAAUGACAAAAAGUUACUGGAUUAUUUUGAUGGCCAAAAAAGAAAAUAAUUAACAGUUAGUUCAAAAGUUUAAUCUUGUUUAGUGUAUUACAUAUUGCAUUGAGUACAGUACAGUACAGUAUAAUGUUUAGUAUAGAAAUAUAUGGUGUAUAAUACUUCAAUGAGAAUUCUUUAAGGUUUUGGGGAAAUCAAAUCUCAAGCAGAAUAAUACAGUAUUUUUUUCUGAAACUGUUCAGUGAUGAACAGAGAAACUUAAAUAUUAAUUUAUGGACACAUCAAGGUGUUCAAUGUCAUUUGUGUUCAACCAUUAUACGUACAGUAUAGUGUACUGUACUAUUACUUUCUUCUUGAAGAAUGUUACUCACAUGACAACACUUGAAGUUAACUUCUGAUCAUUCACACUUUUAUGGUUUUAAGACUAUGGUACUGUACUGUACUUUAUGUAUUGACUUAUGACUGUGUCAAGUUACAUCAGUCUACACAGGCAGAUAAGAUAUACUGAACUGUAUUAAGAUAUGGACAAGAAAUCUUUGAGCUCAUCAGUUUUCUUGUUAACAAAACUACAAUCUAUUUAUAUUUUUAAAUAAACUACAAUACUACAUAAAUUUGAUAAAGCAGGGAAUAUCUUCAGUGAAAAAAUGUUCUAUGAGUCUAUAGUAGAGUGGUCAUAACCAAUUUAUUCUCACAAAGUUGAGAAUGAAAGGUUUAGUAGUUAUUUACAAAUUAUUCUAUUUUUUAUAUAUUCUGCACUAUUUUAUUUUUAUUUUAUUAAAAGUAUUCUAAUUAUGUCCUUAUUAAAUAAUAAUACACUUUUUAACAAAUUAGAAUUAUUUCUGAAAAGUUUCUUCAUUUAUAUUGAUGAAUAGAAGUACAGGUAUCUCUCAUUUAAUGAUAAUUUGCUUAGCAACACUUCAGUUUGGCAAUAUAAAAUUUUUAACACCCUUUUUUGUUUAAUGAUUGUCAAUUUUCAUUUUAGCGAAGUUCAAGUCACUGGAAAAAAUUUAUCAGGAGGGAAGUCUGAAAACUGGAGAUUGUGUGCUCAAAUUACGCAUCAUUACAAUACGUACUCUAAUGUGGCUUAGAAAUAAAGAAAAUAUAAUAUAAAACUAUAAAAUAAGAAAAAUGAAGUGCAUGGGUUUGUAUGUGUGGGUAGUGAAAGUGUAUUCAGGUAUCCCUCGAUAUACGAAUAGGAAAAGUACGGUUCGUUUCCCCAAGGACAAAAAUACCUAAAAACACGAAAUCGGUUCACAAACAAGAAAAAACAAAAUAAGAUUAAAUAGUACACAACUACUGUAAUUUACAAGUUAACACAUUAAAAAUAUUAAUAAAAUACCAUCUAGAUGAAAAUAUGAGCUAAAACCAUUAAAGAAAAGCUAAAUCAAAGUUUAACACAGCCACUAUUUGUAUAAGCACUGGCUAUGUCACGUGUGGCCGCGCUGCCGCUCUAAGCCUGGCCAUAGCAACCCCACCCGGCUGGGGACGCUCCUCUUCCCGACCUUUAUUAACAUUCCCACAUCCUUCUCUCGCACACACAUAUUCCCUUUAGGUUUUUGACCUUAUGAUACCCUGUAGUAGUUAUUUUUUGUACCUUUUUAAUUUUUUUUGCACAUUAUGUAUGUAAGAUUGUAUGUGCAUGUAACCGAGUGAAUAAAAAGAAAGAAGUUAAAUUUUAUCUACGCAAAAUCAUGAGUUAAAUAAUAUCCAUAACAUAACUCCCCCCAGCUCAUCCUGAUAACUUUUGCUGACACAUGAAAAAAUGCUUAUUCUCAUUAUGGUUUUAAUCUUAUGAUAAUUAUUUUUGGUGCACAUUCUGUAUGUAGGAUUGUGUGUGCUUGUAAAUGAAUAACAAAAAUUAAGAAAGUAAUAUUUAUGUACCCAAAAUUAGGAGUUGAAAAAUAACCAUAACUCCAACCUCAGCCUACAGUGCAUUUUUUCUCAGCUGAGAAGAGAUGCCCCACCCCCUCCUCAAGUGUUACAGCUGAUUGACUGUGUUUAACAGUUAAUUCAUGUAUAAUACUUCUGAUAAACUUCCUACUUGCUCAUGUAUGAAAUAAUGAACGUAUGUGUCUUUAUAUAAUUUAACCAAAUAUCUUUCUCGUCAGAAACGGUCAUCCCAACGAUUAUGAAUAAACUCAUUUAGAAAUACAUCAUUACUUGAGGAUAAAAUCGGACAGAUAUGCAACAGCCAAUCAGCUGUAACUCUUGAGAAGUGGGCAGGGCAUCUCUUCUCAGCUGGGAAAAAACACACUAUAGUAGGGGUGUGCAAUUUGUUUAAGCAGGGGAAGCUUCCGUAACACCAAAAAGACGUGGUAAUUUAGGAAAUUUGUGUACCGGUAAGUGGAUUUUAGUAUCUUGAAUAUUCGUAUAACAAGGGAUAUCUGUAUUAAGGCAGUGAGCUUUUCUGCAGCCAGCUGCACUCUCCCUUCUUCUCCCCCUAUGUGAUGUCAUGCCAUACAGGCAGCAGCUACACACGUAUCUUUAAUCAGCUUGAUGACUGCUUGGUUGAACUGUGUUGUGUGUACACUAUACCCUCGUUAAUUCGACAAAAAAGGGGCUCUAGGUCACUUGAAUUACCGAAAAAUCAGAAUUAACCGAGUUAAAAAUAUUUUCACAUUCGACAAUUUCUGAAUUUUUGUGUUAAAUUAUUUGUUCGUUUUCUGUUAAUUUUUUAACCUUAUUUGGAUUGUUCCAAAGAUUCUUCCUCAUUAUUCCAACCAACAAACAUACUCAGUAACCAUGCCUUGGCUGCCACACAAGAUAUUCUAUUUAUAAUUACUGUGCAAACAUACCGUAAAUAUAUUUUAAAUGUAUAUAGUACAGUAAUAAGAACAUAAAUAAUACAGUAAUAAAUAAAAGUAACACACUGUGAGGGGAGCCGACAAGGUGAGGUGAGGAGACGAGAGGUGAUGAGGCAAGAGGUGAGGUGAUGAGGCAAGUGAGGUGAGGUGACAAGGCGAGGCACUUACACAGCACAUGUAUUAUCAGCACUACUAAACCAUUCUUUUAUAACAUUUUAAUUUCUAAUUUCUAUUUUAAAAAUACAGCUGUUCCUCGACUUACGACGGGGUUAGGGACCCAAAUCCAGGUCGUAAGUCGAAUUGGUCGU